CUCUCCGAUUUCGGUAAUAGGGAAUUGCAUUGAGUAAGCGGAGAAAUGGCCGAUGAAGCACAAGCACCACCAGCUGAGGGCGCACCACCAGCAGAGGGCGAGGCGGCACCACCAGCCGAUGGCGAGGCACCACCUGCCGAUGGCGAGGCAGCACCACCCGCCGAGCCCGCCGAGCCGAUCAAGCACAGCUACACCCUCUUCUAUUUCAAUUUGAAGGCACUCGCCGAGCCGUUGCGCUAUCUGUUCGCCUAUGGCGGCAUCGAGUACGAGGAUGUGCGCGUCACCCGUGACGAGUGGCCAGCCCUAAAGCCGACCAUGCCCAUGGGACAGAUGCCGGUGCUGGAGGUGGAUGGCAAGCGUGUGCAUCAGAGCAUCUCGAUGGCUCGCUUCCUGGCCAAGACCGUCGGCCUGUGCGGCGCUACGCCCUGGGAGGAUCUGCAGAUUGACAUUGUGGUUGACACCAUCAAUGACUUCCGUCUAAAAAUUGCAGUCGUCUCGUAUGAGCCCGAGGAUGAGAUCAAGGAGAAGAAGCUGGUCACCCUAAAUGCCGAGGUCAUUCCAUUCUACCUGGAGAAACUGGAGCAGACCGUCAAGGACAAUGACGGCCAUCUGGCUUUGGGCAAGCUCACCUGGGCCGAUGUUUACUUUGCCGGCAUCACCGACUACAUGAACUACAUGGUCAAGCGUGAUCUGCUGGAGCCCUAUCCAGCUCUCCGUGGCGUGGUCGAAGCCACCAACGCUCUGGAACCCAUCAAGGCCUGGAUUGAGAAGCGUCCUGCCACCGAGGUUUAAGCUGGACUAGCUAACAUUUAAAAAAACAAAUCAAAUCGGCAGCAAGUGCGAAGGGGAGAAUCAUUGCAUAGCAAUAACUAUAACAACAACAACAACAACAGCACGCCACACUA